AUGCCGGGCGCCGCCUCCGGGCGGCAAUGGGCGAUCGGAUGCCCGAUCGCGGCGCCGGCGCCCCGGGCGCCCGCCGGGAUUCGGUCGCUGGGAUUGGUUCCCUGCGUUCGGCGGGAAAGGCUGAGGGGCGGAUCUUUUGGGAUUGCGAGGGCGUGGGGGAGGCAGGCGGGGCGUGAAGUGACUCCCGCGGUGCCCAGAGGGAAGAAGCCGAAGGUCGUCGUGCCCCGCCGCAAGAAUGAACGCAUGCUGUCAGAAGGUGUGUCCCCGCUGCCGCUGCCACCUCCUGGGCCAAUCCGAACGAUCGGGAUCCUUGCCAGUGGCCUUGCCUUGGUCCUGGCGAUGGGCGCAGCUGUUGCCAAAUUCUUGAGCUGGAGGGCAGUGGGGCGGGCCAAUGCACAGCUUGAACUGGUGGAACAGCAGGCGACGAUCUGGCAGUCCAGGCUGGAUGAAUCAAAGGGCGAAUGGCAGGACAGGCUGGAUGAGAUGAGGCAGCAGCUGGAGAAGGACCAUCAGGAGAAUCUGGUUACCCAGCUUGACAUGAAGGAUGCCGAGUUUGCCACAGUGCUGCUCAAAACUGAGGAAGGUGUGCGGAAGGAGGUUGAGGACUUGUACAAGUCCAAGAUGCAGGACUUGAGGGAUGAGGAGAGGACAAAGAUGGAGGUCGUGGAGAAGAAGGCAGAGGAUGCCUCCUUGAGGGAAAGGGAUCUGAAGGAGCAGCUGGUGAAAAGCGCGGAGAAAAUGGAGGCCAUGGAGGCGGAUGGGAAGGCAAGGGUGAGGCGGGCUGAGAAGAGAGCCGAAGAAGCCCUGGCAAGCGAAAAGGCCCUGACGGAACAGAUGCGGGAAACUGUGGAGCAGAUGGCAGUCUUGGAAAGUGAUGCAAAUGAACGGGUCAGAGAUGCCGAGAAGAGGGCGGAGGAGGCGCGGGCAAGGGAGAGGGCGUCUGUGGAGGAGCUGAGGAGGGGAACGGAGAAAAUGAAGACGAUGAAGGGGGAUGAGGAGGCGAGGCUGAAGUUGGCAGAGAAGAGGGCGGAAGACGCACUGGCAAGGGAACGGACGUCCUCAGAGGAGCUCCGGCAACAGUUCACUGAACUGCAGAACCUUCAAAAGGGUCUGCUCAAGCGGGAAGGCGAGCUGGAUGAGAAAAUGAAGCUGUAUGAAGACAGGCUGGUGGCAGGCCAGCAGGCCCAGGGAGAGGUUAAGAGGCAGAGGACAGAAAUGGUGGCACUUAGACAGGAGAUACAGGACCUGACAGAUAUUGUCAAGCAAAAGGAUGAGGAGAUGGCCUCCUUGCGGUCUUCACAGUCAAGGGUGACGGGUGCAAGCCAGGCACAGACUGGAGGCACCAAACAGGCGGAAGGAAUUGCAAACAUCGUUUCGAGGGGACCACUUCUGCCCCUGAAAGACAGGACAGAAUCAGAGGCGACCAACAGCAUUGUCGAAGCUCCACCAGGCUUAAGACAGGGACUGGAGCCAUCAGAAAAAGCAUUGGAUGAGGCUGUAGACAUGGAAGAGGGAAGCACAGAUGCAGAACCACCUUCCAGUGCCACAGGGGGUGAGAUUCGGAUAAUUGCAGCAGGGGCAACAGUUCCGCACAUCUUGAAGGUUGACAAAGGCGGCGAGGACGCAUUUUUUGUGUCUGGUGCGGGCCUGGGAGCUUUCGGGGUUGCGGAUGGGGUGGGCGGGUGGGCGGCAGAUGGCAUUGACCCGGCGCUCUAUUCGCGGACCCUAAUGGGCCAUGCCGCAUCACGAGUCGAGGGUAAUGGCCGAGUGCUCAGUGCCAUCGACGUGGUGGAGUUUGCGCAUCAGUCCACCAAGGUUGAGGGAACCUCGACGGCGAUUGUGGCAGUGAUGAAGCCUGAAGGGCGGCUGGAGAUUGCCAACAUUGGGGACAGUGGCGCCCGAGUGUUCAGGGGCAGCCAGUGUCUGUUCUCAACAAAAGUACAAGAGCACGAAUUCAACAUGCCCUACCAGCUGGGCGACCCAGACAUCCUUGAGGCAGCAGACACGCCCAGCGAUGCUGCCGUGGACGAACUCCCACUGCAGCCUGGAGACGUGGUCGUGAUGGGCAGCGAUGGCGUAUUUGACAACCUGUGGGUCGAGGACAUUGGCAAGAUGGUGAGCGAGAGCCUGGCCUUGCACGGGGGAAGGAUGGGCCAGCGGGAGGCGCAGGUCCUGGCCAACAAAAUCGUAGAGAGCGCUCAUGAGAAUGCGGGCAGCGCCGAGACGCGCACGCCCUGGGCUGUGGAAGCGGCGUCCAGGACUGAGGCUUCGCUUUUUGAUCGGCUGUUCCCAAGGGGUGGCAAGAUGGACGAUUGCACUGCUGUCGUCGCUGUUGCCCAGAGAGCGCCCUCGACUUGA